GCUGAAAAUCUCGUUCAAAGGGGGGCUGCAGAAAUGGCGCCGGCUGCCGUCGCCGUCGCCGGGGCGUUCCCCUUCCGCCUCUUCAGCGCGGAGGCGGCCCGCCGGAACGCGAAGAGCGCGCGGGGCAGGCGGGGCGCCGCCAGGCCCGCGAAGCCGUCGCCCCCUCCUCCCGCCUUGUCGUCGUCCUCCGCCGUCGUCAUCGGCCGCGGCGCGACCACCUUCACCCGCCUCCCUCUCCGCGACGCCGCUCCAGAGUCCGCGGAGGUCACGCUCGAGCGGUUCCCCACCGCGCAGGGGGACCCCGGGCGCAGAGCAGCUCCCGCGGUGCCGCGCGGCGGGAGCCUCCCGCGGUUGGGCGUGGAGGAGGCCGAGGAUGAUAAUGAUGAAGAGGCAGUGUUCGGUAGUCCUGCGGGUAGCUCCGUUCACCGUAUGCCUCUGCGAGACUCGCCGGGCGGUGGCGAGCGCCCCAUUGGACGAUUCGAUGCGCGCGCGGCUAGGAAGGGCCUUAACGGCCGCGCCAGCUCGCGGCAAAUCGUCGAACACCUUGAGGACGGCGACGAAGAGGAGGAGGAGGAGGAGUUCGUCGUCACCCGCCUGGAGAUUUUCGAGGGGCACAAGGGCAGGAAUGCUCGGGCUAUCCCGUCCGAGGAGCUCGACGAUGAUGAUGGCGCCGUGGUGUUCGACCCGGACUUCGGCGUCGACAGCGACGAUGACGAGGAGGAGGAAUUCGGCACGGCACCGAUCGAGGGGACUCCGCGAGGUGACGCGAACGCACGCGCGGAGCUCGAUGAGCUGGACUUCGAUGGGGAGGACGAUGGUGAAGCGGAGGUUGUGGUGUUUUACCCAGAUGGCGACGAUGAUGGGGAGGAUGAGGAGGAGGGCGUGUUUGAGGCCAACUUCGCCGACGACGAGGAGGAGGAAGCGGAAGGGGAGGUGAAGGAGAAAGGGGUGCCUGCCGUGAUGCGGUGCUUCGACACGGCAAGGAUAUACACCAGGGCCGGCGACGGCGGCAACGGCGUGGUGGCAUUCCGGCGAGAGAAGUACGUGCCGCACGGUGGUCCAUCGGGCGGCGACGGUGGCCGCGGAGGCAACGUGUAUGUGGAGGUGGACGGAGACAUGAACUCACUGCUGCCGUUCCGCAAGUCAGUACACUUCCGCGCCGGCCGUGGCGCGCAUGGUCAGGGGUCGCAGAUGGCUGGGGCCAAGGGCGAGGACGUCGUGGUGAAGGUGCCGCCGGGGACUGUGGUCCGGUCCGCGGCUGGUGAUAUAGAGCUGCUCGAGCUGAUGAAGCCUGGGCAGCGGGCGCUGCUGCUCCCUGGCGGGCGUGGUGGCCGUGGCAAUGCGGCGUUCAAGACCGGGACAAACAAGGUGCCCAGGAUUGCAGAAAAGGGGGAGAAAGGUCCAGAAAUGUGGUUAGAUUUGGAGCUAAAGUUGGUUGCUGAUGUGGGAAUUGUAGGAGCUCCAAAUGCAGGAAAGAGCACUCUUUUGAGUGUUAUUAGCGCCGCUAAGCCAACUAUAGCCAACUAUCCUUUUACAACAUUACUACCAAACCUUGGUGUAGUCUCAUUAGAUUUUGAUGCUACAAUGGUAGUUGCAGACCUUCCUGGCUUGCUGGAAGGUGCUCAUCGUGGAUAUGGUUUGGGCCAUGAGUUUUUAAGGCAUAGUGAAAGAUGCUCAGUCUUGGUACAUGUUGUUGAUGGUUCAGGACAACAACCAGAAUAUGAGUAUGAAGCUGUUCGUUUGGAACUGGAGUUAUUUAGUCCAUCUUUGGUUGACAAACCUUAUAUAGUGGUGUACAAUAAGAUGGACCUCCCAGAGGCAUCUGACAGAUGGAAUAUGUUCCAAGAAAAGCUACAGGCUCAAGGUAUUGAGCCUUAUUGCAUUAGUGCGAUGAACAGGCAAGGAACGCAGGAUGUUGUUUAUGCUGCCUACAAGGUUCUACAGAAAGAGAAACAAAGGGCGAAAGAAGCCCAAGAGUGGAAUAACACUGAAAAUUUGAAUCAUGUGGCUGAUGCAAUAAAGAAGGAAAGGAGUGCUGCCAUGAAUGACUUUGAGAUUUCUCAUGACAAGAGCACGAAUACAUGGACUGUUGUUGGAGCCGGAAUUGAACGUUUUGUUCAGAUGACUAAUUGGGACUAUACAGAAUCCUUAAAAAGAUUCCAACAUGUUUUGGAGGCAUGUGGUGUCAACAAAACUCUUGUCAAGCUUGGAGUUAAGGAGGGAGACACGGUGGUCAUCGGUGAGAUGGAAAUGUUUUGGAACGAAGAGCCCCAAAGGACCAGCCCAUCAAAGACGGCGAGGGAUGACGAUGCUGUCAGAUGGCCCAAGUUCAGUUAGAACAAACAAAUUAAUCAACAGUCCUCCACAGCAGGCAGAGGACUACACAUUCAGUGCCAAGAAGGCGUUCGGCUCGCCUUUAGAACAGCAUGAACACUAGGUUCCUCCGGUGGAUCGCACUGCCAUCUCUCAGCCGCAUGAGUCGCACACAGCUGGGUUUCUUCAGCCCAUGGGCACCCGAAGAUAGAGCUGCAAAAGGAAAGAACCAGUCAGACAGAGCCAGGCAAGUGAACAUAUCUACUCAGGGCCGUUCUGGAUAUUAGGAUAUGUACUAUAUAGUUGUGCAGAGAGCUCUGGAUUGGGUAGCAACAAAUUUUGUUGUUGUGUUGCUCCAUUUCAAUAUAUUGUAUAAGUGCAACAUUGGGCAAUCCCACGGCAAUGUAGUUUCUAGGACUCUGGCUUCAGUCUUCACCUAAAAAUUUAGCAGCAUAAAAGCACGAGACUACUUAACUUCUACAGAGAAUCCGAAUAAUGAUCAGCGACGUGUUGCUGA